AUGUCUGACACCGUCAGCGCGCACUCGGACUCGUCGAGGGACUUGGAGGACCACAAACAGAAACAGGUCGAUACGGACCCCUACCAAUCACGAAGGCCUUCCCUGGAUCGCAUCCAAUCGAAGAACAGCCAGACCAAUGCAAACAUUAGUGGCGAACCGAGGAACGUCGCCGAGGCAGAUAUCGAAGCAGACGAGAGGGAGCAACGAGCGGUCGAGGAGAAGAAUGCCGGGGGCCCACCGCCGGGCUCAGGCUUCCACCCGAGCGACUUCCCUGAUGGCGGACUCCAGGCCUGGCUGGUCGUGUUGGGCGGCUGGUGCGGCCUCUUUUGCACCUUUGGUUUCGUCAACUGCAUCGGCGUGUUCCAGGAGUACUACCUGCGCGGACCCCUCUCCAACUACUCGGCGAGCACAGUGUCGUGGAUCACAUCGAUGGAAGUCUGGGGGCUCAUCUUCUUCGGCAUCGUGUUCGGGCGGGUCUUCGACGUUUACGGCCCCCGCUGGAUGCUCAUUAUCGGCACGGUUGUCUACAUCUUCGGCCUGAUGAUGACGAGUCUCUGCACCGAGUACUGGCAAUUUUUCCUCGCCCAGGGCGUAUGUUCCGCCAUCGCCGCCUCCGCAGCGUUCAACGCCUGCAUGACGAGUGUCUUCUCGUGGUUCUUCAAGAAGAGGGCCGCCGCGCUCGGGAUUAUGGUCAGUGGCAGCUCCGUCGGCGGCGUGGUCAUGCCCAUCAUGAUCCAGCAGCUCAUCCCCAAGAUCGGCUUCCCCUGGACGAUGCGAGCUGUCGCGUUUGUCUACCUGGGCUUGUUGGCCAUAAGCUGCGUGACCAUCAAGUCCAGGCUGCCUCCCUCGCCGAAGCCGCUCGUCAUAGCAGACUAUCUGGCAGGCUUUAAAGAGCCAGCGUUCGCGCUGACGCUCGCGGCAAACUUUCUCUUCUUCUGGGGCAUGUUCAUCCCCUUCAACUACAUUAUCCUACAGGCACAGCAGUCCGGCAUGGAUCCGACUCUCGUGGAAUACCUCCUACCUAUUAUCAACGCUCUCAGUAUCAUCGGACGAAUCGCCCCGGGCUUCAUAGCGGACAAGGUGGGCCGCUUUAACACGGUCAUAUGCAUCUCCGCGCUAUCAGCAGUUAUCACACUCGCCGUCUGGAUCCCUUCCAACAACUCAUCGGCUGCGCUGAUUGUGUUCGCGGUCCUGUUUGGUUUCGCCUCCGGUGGCGUCAUCUCCAUCAGCCCAUCGCUCAUCGCGCAGAUCUCAGACAUCCGCCAGAUCGGCAACCGCAACGGCAUUGCCUUCGUCGCGAUGAGCUUCGGCUCCCUGACCGGCUCACCCCUGGCUGGCGCGAUUUUGUCCCGCCAGAACGGUGACUACCUCGGUCUGCAGCUGUUCUGUGGUCUUGCCAUGGCCUGCUCGGCCUUUGUCUACGUCGCCGCGAGAUGGGUGCAGGUCGGGUUCAAACUGACAAAGAUCUGA